CGUCGCCAGCGGGGCAGGAGCAGGCGCGGCGGCGGCGGCCGCCAUUGCUCGCGGGGGCCGCGGUACUAUGAAGGAUGGAAGCGGACGAGGUGACGAUCCGGGAGCAGAACUUCCACAGCCAAGUGCGGGAGUACACGAUCUGUUUUCUCCUGUUUGCUGUUCUCUACAUAGUUUCUUACUUUAUAAUCACAAGAUACAAAAGGAAAGCAGAUGAGCAAGAGGAUGAAGAUGCCAUCGUGAACAGAAUAUCGCUGUUCUUGAGCACCUUCACUCUAGCAGUUUCAGCUGGUGCAGUCCUGCUUCUACCUUUCUCAAUAAUCAGCAAUGAGAUCCUGCUUUCUUUUCCACAAAACUACUAUAUUCAGUGGUUAAAUGGCUCACUAAUUCAUGGUUUGUGGAAUCUUGCCUCUCUUUUUUCAAAUCUAUGUUUAUUUGUGUUGAUGCCCUUUGCAUUUUUCUUCCUGGAAUCAGAAGGAUUUGCUGGCUUAAAAAAGGGCAUCCGAGCAAGGAUCUUGGAAACCCUUGUAAUGCUCAUUCUUCUUGCACUGCUUAUCCUUGGAAUCGUAUGGGUGGCUUCAGCACUCAUAGACAAUGAUGCUGCCAGUAUGGAGUCUUUAUAUGACCUCUGGGAAUUCUACCUCCCAUAUUUAUAUUCCUGUAUAUCACUGAUGGGAUGCUUGUUACUUCUGUUGUGUACGCCAGUGGGGCUCUCGAGGAUGUUUACAGUUAUGGGUCAGUUGCUGGUGAAACCAACAAUCCUGGAAGACCUAGAUGAGCAGAUGUAUAUCAUCACUUUAGAGGAAGAAGCAAUUCAGAGGAAGCUUAAUGGUGUCUCUUCCACAGUGGAAUACCAGACAGUAGAGUUGGAACGUGAGCUUGAAAAAGUGAGAAGCAAGAAAACAAAUCUAGAACGGAGGAAAAAGGCUUCUGCUUGGGAAAGGAAUUUAGUUUAUCCAGCUGUCAUGAUACUGCUCCUGACUGAGACAUCCUUUUCAGUUCUUUUAGUCGCUCUCAACAUUCUUUACCUGUUGGUUGAUGAGACUGCAAUGCCAAAGGGAUCAGGGGGACCUGGAAUAGGAAAUGCCUCCUUAUCCACCUUUGGCUUCGUGGGAGCAGCACUUGAAAUCAUUUUGAUUUUCUAUCUUAUGGUAUCUUCUGUCGUCGGCUUCUACAGUCUUCGUUUUUUUGAGAAUUUCACUCCCAGGAAGGAUGACACAACCAUGACAAAGAUAAUUGGAAACUGUGUCUCAAUCUUGGUGCUGAGCUCUGCUUUGCCAGUGAUGUCAAGGACACUGGGAAUCACCAGAUUUGAUCUCCUUGGAGACUUUGGAAGGUUCAACUGGCUGGGGAACUUCUACAUUGUGUUAUCUUACAACUUGCUCUUUGCUAUCAUGACAACGUUGUGUCUGGUCAGAAAGUUCACGUCUGCUGUGCGAGAGGAGCUCCUGAAGGCAUUAGGAUUAGAUAAACUUCACCUAUCAAACAAUCCAAGAGACCCGGAGACAAAGCCUUCUGCAAAUGGCCAUCAGAAAACACUGUGAUAACAAUCACCUGCAGUCAGCAGAGCUGAAAACAUCAACCUCAUGGCAUUCCUGUCAUCUCAUCAGCAUUUUUAUAUUGCUUUUAGUUGUUAGUUUGGGUUGAGCCUUGUCUCAUUUUGAUGCUGUGUGCUUCUGAGGAAGUUAGGUGUAUCGGAUUCUUCUCUUUCCAGUGAACUUUUGGUCUGCUUGUUUAUUUCCCAGGAAGUUAAUGCAGGAGGUGCCUUGAAGACUGGAAGCUGAGGAGAAAAAUGCAUUCCUUUUUAUUUGUUGACAGUUUCACAUCUUUAUUUUUAGACUUGCUACCAUUUGAAUGCACAGUACCUCCUGUGUUAUACAAACACAGCUAUAAAGAAUAACUUUGGGACUUGAUUAAAAUAAAAAAAAGAAAAAGAAGAAAACAUACACUUGAAGGCCAAUAUGACCCUCACUGGAAAUGUAAAGUAGCUGGAGUAGGUACCCAUGACAGGAGAUGAACAGCUCUACUGAGAGUGGGUUAAAAAGGACAGGAGGGAUCCCAGUGCUGGAUGCAGUAGGCUGUGUCAUGGUGCCUUCUCAGCAGGCCAGUGUGUUUUCAGCUCUCUGUCCUUAGCUCCAGAUGCCAGCUUGCUUUACUGGUGGUCAAACAAUGUCUUACAGAAGUCCAAGAUGAAGAUUAACUUCAGUGUUCAAUCUGAGCCUAGUAUGCUUUGUAAAAAGCUGUGUAGACCCUCUGUCACAGCUCUCAGUUCUGUGAGCUGUUGUGCCCUGGAGGUCCCUUUCCCUACCCAAGACCCUUGUGAAAUUUUUGAUGAACUACUGUGUGUAAGCAGUACCUGGAAUCAAUGCAAGGAGCACAGGCCUAGGAGGCUGCAGUUGCAGUUUUCUACAAUCUUUAAUUUGAAGUAAAUUUCUCUUGAGUUUAUACUUCAGUUACCAGGAUUUCUGUUCAGUGGCAUAACCCAGUUAUCUGUCACUGGCCUGUUUUUUAAUGUACACAUGUUCGUGUAUAUAGGCCUAUAUGUGUAGAUAUCAUAAAUUAAGUUCUAAGGUUGUAGAGAUGACAGUAGGUGGUUUGGUAAGUAAAACGUGUGUGUGCAGUCUUGGUAGUUUGAAUUGCUGAAGUGUUGAACUGCUCAGAGGCCUUAGAUUCAAGACGGCAUCAGUGGGUGAUAAUGUCCUUUCUUGUAGCAUUUCCUUGCAGCCUUAGGGAAUCCUUCAAGCAGUUUAUAGUAAAGAAAAAUACCAAGUAAGUAUUCAAAAAUCUGGUUGCACUUUUGUCCUGCUCAGCCACAAGUAAUCUCCAAACAGACUGGAAUGGGGGCACCUUCAGUGAGUGCCCCUUCAUGUGGGGAGCCAGAAAAUUUUCCUGUUCAAUUCCUAUUUCUGUGAAACAAGUCUGCCUGUCUGUAGUUUGAGGUCUUAUAUUCAUUGGUGACAACUUGGUUUCCAGUGUGGUUCCAAAAUAAGGUAAACCUUGUGUCAGAAACUCUUUGGCUGUUCUCUUGAGAUGACUGCUCUGGGCUGUAGACCUUAUUGCUGUGUGUGUGAAUGUCUGCUUGUUUUUUUUUUUCCCUGAAGUGCUUCAAAAAUCAUGCUCCAGUACACAUGAGGAUUUAUCAUUUUUCAGCUGCCUUUUCUGACUUGAACUGGGGCAUAAUGUAAAUAUUUCUGUAGUAAAUAUGAUGCUAGAGGAUUACUUUUUUUUGUGUGUGUGUGAUCAGUAUAAAUUCAAGGUUUAUUGAACUGACUAUUGAUGUGUUGUAUCAAGGCUUGGAAGAAAAAGUAAAAUUAUUUGAUUUCACUAAGAUUUACAAGCAUCUUUUCUCUUGCUUAGUGCUGACACUUUAGUGAGAAAUCUUUAUCUGAGUCAAAGUUCUGCAACCAAUAACAGAGAGCUAUAAUUAAAACUUGUUCUAAAAUGAGUUUAUAUUUAAAAUAUUGGGAGAUAUAUUAUUAGGGGCAUCAGCCAGGUAUUCUCAGAGCUUAUAGCCUUAUGUAUUGGCAUCAUAGUUAAAACCCAGUGAAAUAUGUCCCCUUUUCCAUGCAAGUCAUUGUAUGACCAAAAUUGUCCUCAUGUCUUAAUGGGGUGGUGAACUGUGGUGUGUGAAGCCAGUUAGCUUUUAGAUAAUAAAUAUUUCUGUUACAAUGCUAAGACAGUUAAUACACUCUGAAGAAAUUAAUAUUAGGAAUAAACCUAGGAGUAUGAACCAGCAUAAGUCUUGCUCUUUGUGCCUUUGGAGAGAUGUUUGUCAUGGCAUCAGUGACCCAAGAACACAGAAGAAGGUGGAUUUUCAUGUGUGUUUGGCUUCUGCAAGUGAGUUGGGCAAUUACUUCAACUAAGCAGGGGCAGUUCCUGCUGAGAAGCACCCAAGCUUCAGGCAAGACUUUAAAAUUCUUUUUCAGAACAAAUUUUAGGGCCUUGACUGUGCCCACCCCUUCUGCUGGAUUCUGCAGGCAGAUGCGUGGGUUAAGGCUACCUUAGGGAAAACUUGACACUGGACUCGGUGGGAUGGUUGAGGUGCUGUGUGGUUUCCAAGAUGGAUGAGAAAUUCAGAAUUACACUGGCAGUGUUGUGUUUUAAAAUCAACUGCUGAUAUUGUGACAUUAAAAUAUGCCUUUGGCCUUGAAGAUGACGUGCUUAUGCAAAGCUUUGUCACUGCAUGCAGGACACAGGUCACUGUAUACUUCUCACAGAAUCAUAUGGUCACUUAAAUACAAGCAACUGGUAAUUCAUUAAUGGAUAUUGACAAUACAUUCCUGUAUUUGACUCAUGUAGAGUCAGGUGGUCUAUACCUUCAAGGUAUAUACAGCUGAUCUUAGUAACAUUAACAUCUGCCUCACUUCUUAGGAGGCAAAAAGCACAUCAAUGCUUCCAUCUUCAACUAGAUACCACACAAGACCAAAAAAUAGAUGUAAACUGAGUGUUUAAGUUAGCUGUUUUUUGGCUUUUUUUCUGUGUUGGUAGCACAAUAUUAAAUGCAAUUGCAGAACUGUAAUAUUUGUGGGAUUUCUAAGCAUGAAGCACACAUGCUUAUCACGUUAAGCUAAAAAAUAGUAGUAUUGGUUACUGUACAAGUGACAGUUUUGCAUUCAUAAGGAGCUUUGUUUACUGUCUGUAAUGUGCUGUUUAUCUUUGGCCCCGUUCCUCUGAUCCCUUUGACCCUGUUGGUUGUUUUAGUGUCAUAGAAAUGAAAAGAUUUGACAAGUGGUUUCCCUUGUCUGGUUCCCAGGUACCCCUGGAGCACCAGUGGAGGGAGGGCUGGGCUGCCCACACAGGCAGGGAGGAGCUCCUGCAGCAGGUGCUUGGCAGGAGGGACAUGGGGAGAGAUCCUGGGGACAUGUCGUCCCCGGUGUCACCAGGGGUGUCACAUCCUCCUCCCCUGUGUCACCAGGGGUGUCACAUCUCCCCGGUGUCACCAGGGGUGUCACAUCCUCCUCCCCUGUGUCACCAGGAGUGUGACAUCUCCCUUGUGUCACCAGGAGUGUCACAUCUCCCCGGUGUCCCCAGGAGUGAUGUGCACCAAGGCCCUGCAGCCCCUGUCCCUCCCACCAUGUCUCUGCCACUCACCCCUGAGGCUGUGAAGCAGCUGAGGCUACUUGAGGUGCUCACAUGUGCCCAGUGCUGUGUAAUGAAGACAUGAUGGCCCUUUUCUCAAAGAAUUUACAAUCUAAAUUAGAAAGGAGUAAGGUAGAAACAGAAAGCAGUUGGCCUCUUCCUGCAUGUGGCUUUCCUUGAGUUCUUGUAGCAUGCUCUAGGUUAUUUUCCACCUCUUCUCCCUCUCCCAGAAGUGGGGUGGUGGUGUAUGUACAGCAACUGAGCCUUACCCUUAGUGGACUGGCCUCUAAAAUUUUGAAGUAACAAAUACAGGAAAACAGCUAAAUCCUGUUUAAUGUAUUCUCUGAUCUUGAAAAUAGCAUAUUUUUAAACCAGGGUGAAAUAAUCUAAGCAGAGACAGGACAUUAAGGCCACAUAAAUAACCUCUUCAGAAAGAAAUGUGCUUAGUUUUGUUUUAAAAGGUGUUGAUGUGAACUGUGAAGCUUUAAUUGCUGUAAUGAAAUAAGAUUCCCUACCUCCUAGUAUUAGGAUUUUUGUUGUUAUUUUAGUUGAAUUGAGAGAAUAUUGCCUACACUGACUUCCCUCCCCAACCCAUGAACACUGAAUUUGCUAUUGGUAAGCUGGCAGGUUAUUUCAGUCACAUUGUCAGAUUUGAACUUUACAAAAAUGCUACUUUUGAAUUUAUCCCAUUCAGCAAGAGCAAACUAAGGCCACAGCCACCAGCCACACAGUGAUACAAUAUCUACCCCCUUUUCUACUUUGCCCCCUUGAGAUAGACAAAACAUGAAACAGCAGAAGAAUCCACAUAGAUUUGAUUUAUGCACUGUAAGAAAACACACCAGAAGGCAACUUUAAUGGAAGGCUUUUGAAAUAUUUCACAAUUGAAGCACCUAGAACUCUUCAGAGAUAAAAAAAAUGUAUAUCAUUAGUAUACAAAUGUCAUUUGUAUGUUCUCUAAAUAAGCCAAUAAUUCACUGACACUGAGAAAAAAUUCACUUCUUAAAAUCUCCUUUGUGAUUCACAGUGAAACAGUAUCUUGGACUUUUAUAGAAACCUGUGAACUUCUGAAGGUAUCUCUGUCUUGGCAACAGAAACCUUAGGAUGCUUGCUAGUUUUGUGUUAACUGCCAUAUUUUAUCAAUAACUUUUUAGCUUCAUUUAAUGCUAAUGAUUUUUAAAAAAUAUACAUAGCAUUAUAUGUUUUGACAAAUACAGAAGGUGACUCCAAACAGUCAAAGAGAUAGUGUGAGAAAUAUCCUGUAAAUUCUGAUAUUCUUGACGCACUGAUUCCAAGCUAAUUAGAAACUAUCUGUAUGAAGGCCUUACAUCAAAUAGAAAUUAGGAGAUCCUGAUUCUUAAAGGCUUUUAGGUAUCUGAAUGUUGGUAUGUACCUACUUGAGCACUUUGGAAUGCUGCUUCUGGAUGGUUGUUGAUCACUAACCCCAAGCACUUGUUGCUUUCCUCCCUACCCCCAUAACAUUGUUUUAUAGUCAGCAUCACUGGAUGAAGCUCCUUUCUUGGGCUGUAUUUUGCAUUCUUCCUCUAUUCCCUGCUUCCAUAGAUACCAGCUAUUGAAGUAUUGGGGCACCUGCUUUGAUUUUCAUGUAUUUCUUUUCCCACAUAGAGAGAUAUUCAUUCCCUAGUUAGAACUGGUCUUCCACUACAAAAAUGUUCACAUUUAUGAAUUUGUUUUUAACCACUAGAUUCCGUUUAAGCAAUCUUGUCACUAACAAGGGUCCUCUAACAAAUUACCAAGAGCUCAAGUCAGUUUGGAUCAUGAGUGAGAGGGUUUAGUCACUGUACAUAUUUGUGCUUUGAGCUUCCAGGGCUGUGAGGGUACAGCCCCACUUGUAGUGAGGGGAAGGAGCUGGUGUGGCCGCUGGGAGCCCUGGGGUGGUGUCACUGCAGGGUGGCUCCUGCUGGGUUCCUGCUCUGCUGUGGGGUGUGCAGAGAGACCUCCCUCAGUGGGAGGUGGGCACACCUUGUGUCAGCUCUCAGCAGGGUCAGCCUGUGAGAGAUGCUGAGCUCAGGCUCUUCACCUUUCUCUGGAUUUUUGUAUUUCAUGUGUAUGAGCAUGUUUUGGGCCUUCUCUCCCCGUGUGAGUUGGUCAUUCAGAGAGGUGGCAUGAUGGUGAUACCUGUGCAGUGAUUCAGUGGGUGUGUUUAAAUGUUUAAGAAGAAGAUUGGCUGGUGCAUGAUUUCCUGUUUCCCACUAACCAUGAGUUUUUUCCAGUCUGGACCAAAAUUCUUAAGAGUCACAAAAUCUCUCUGAGUACUUUCUCCUCCUUGGCUUUAUAUAACAAAAAAAAUUCAGUCACUUUUACUUUCUUAAAGGUAGCUUUCAAAGUAGUUUGGCCUUAGUUAGUGUGAUUUCUGUUGCUUUAAGGAGAAUUGGAUAGAAAAAGAAAAUAUAUUUAGGUAUGGGAUUUGAAAUAUUGGUGUGUGUGUAUGAAACACAUGUACACAAAAUAUUUCCUUUCCUGUGGGGUUUGGGCCCAACCCCACAUUACCUAAAUAGAGAUCAUGUGUUGCUCUUGUCUCCUCUAAUUUUUGUAUUUAAAAUUCCCAGUGAGGAUGCUGAGGAUGUUCUCAGGGUGCUGCUGGCCCCCUGAUCCCUGUCACAUGGAAUUGGCUUCAUGUGUGCUUAGGUGGCAUGACCAUAAAACCACAAUUCUGAGCUGGCCUUUCCGUGGCUGUUGAUGCUUCUGGCUGGGCUGUGAUGAUGGCAGCAGGUACCUUCACUGUGCACAUUCAGGGUUUCACUGCAGUGUUCCUGGUUAAUAUCACAGUUUACAAAAACAAUUCUAAAUUACGCACAAUCUAUGAACUGCGUGAGGCUGGGAGGUGCUGAAUGGAGCUGGUGGUCCCCUCUUGGUCUGAUUUGUGCUUCAGGUUUUGUAAACUCCACAGUCUUGAGCAGCUGACUUCUCUUUCACAUGGAUGUAUCUGACCAAGGUAUAACACAGCUGAAAAAUUGUGCUUUGAGUGUUACUUUAAUCCCAACAGUUUUGGUGUAGAUACCUUCUCCCCAUCAAACCCUUCCUGGUUCAUUUUAGGUCACCCAGAAUUAUGGUUUAUAAUGUUCUCUGUUGUGGGUAUUUUGUUGUGUUACAAAAAAAAAAAAAAAAUCUGCUGCCUUAGCUAGGCUGAUAUUUUUGUUUUGUUUUGUGGAAAGCAGUGGUAAUAUGUUUUUUUCCUUUGUUUGAAAUGUUACACUGAAUGUUUUGUAGGAAAUUUUUUUUUUACCGUGUUUUCAAUAAAGGUAAAGUGUGAUUUAUAGCA